AUGUCUUCAACACAUGAUCGCCUCAGCAAUAGCCAGCGACCUCAUCCUAGCGGCGAUUGCUUCAUCUCCCGUCUUCCCGUCGAGCUUUUGACCCUCGUCUUCCAACACCUCGCGAAUGCCGAUGAUUUAGAACAAAGAUAUCAAGCCAUGCGGCCAGACGACGUGUACAAACUAGCGGGCAGGGCCGGCUCCAAUAUGCGCGCCGCCUCUGCGACGUGCAAAUGGUUUCACGCCGUGUCCAGGCCGUUGAUGCAGUUCAGGACCGUCAUUCUUUCCAAGCCCGAAGAACAUCGCCACUUCCUGCGGACUAUCGCGCAGAAACCUGGUCUGGCAAGCCAGGUGAUGCAGCUCAUCUUCUUCGAGCCUCCCCAGCCCAGGCAGCCUGCACUCCGACGCCCCAAGAAGCGAAAACGGUCGCGUCGCCCUUGGUACGAGCCCAAGUCCAAGCCGCCCAGGAAACUGCUGGAUCUGGGCCCGCUUCAGGAGCGAGCUCAUUCGGAAGAGGUCGUUCGUCUUUCGGCGGUUUCCAGUCCUGAACGAUAUUCAACCCGCACUCGCGAUAGCUUCUUGGACCUCCUGGACCUCCUCAGGCAUCUUCCUCGACUGGUGUCUUUCCGAUACGUCUGUGUCCGCCAUCCUCACUGGAUCUCCCGCAUGGCCUACCACGCAGAGUCUGAUUCCGACUGGUCUGCCACCUCGUUCCAAGACCUCUUCUCACAAACAUUUGCCGCCUUCACACCCGCCCAGCUAGGCAACAUGAGCGACCACCCCUUCUACCACCUGCAAGAGCUCCAUCUCUCAGGCAUUCACACGUACCGCAUGCUGCACAACGUGCUUCAGCUUCCACGUCUCAAGACCCUCCGCAUCAGCCCGCCCAUCAGUGGCUGGACGCCCGGCUCUCAACCCGCACUGCAACACUCCAGCAUCCGCGAGUUAUACAUUCACCGCAUCUCGCACCUUACAGUCCUUCUCCCCGACCUCCUAUCCAUUCUCCAGAACCUCGAAGUCGUGAACGUGGAGUUCUCUGUCAUGAACGGUGGUAGUCGGGUUCCGCGCUCCUUUGAAGGACUAAACCGGCACCGCACAACGCUGCGAGAACUGCAUCAUCACGAGCACGGUGUCAUCCCGCCUCUCUAUUGGCCCGUUCAUAGGCCGUAUCCGGACUUCUCCGCCUACUCGCAACUCGCCAAUCUGACAAUCCAGGACUGCAUGUUUUUCGAUCCACCUGGAGACCGACUCCGCCGCUUGCCGUUGUGUCUGGAAUCUUUGACUAUCAAUGCUACUCAGGAAAACACGCGCAAGUCGCUGUUGCCUUUUUUGGCUGAUCUUGCGCGGCACGCGAGUGAUUUUUCAUCCUUGAGGCAAGUCAAGGUGGAAAACAUGUAUGUCGACAAGCAGCGGGUUAUUGUCAAGCUCGAAAAGGUCAAAGGGGCAUUCGCGUCGGCUGGUGUUGCUUUUGAGUACAUGAUAUGGUGA